UCAUCAUCAUCAACACUUAAAGUAAAUUUCACAAAAAAAGUAAGAAAGUUAAACCACAUGGCAAGUUGUAACAUGGCUUUUGCUGCGUCAAGUUUUUUGGUGGCAACUCCUAAUGUUGCCUCCAACAACACUAACACUACUCGUUCCACUAUGUUAUUGUUCUCCUCCAACAAGACAACCACCACGAGACUCAUCGUAAGGCAGACAAAAAAUCGUCAACUAGCGACGCCAAUUAGAGAUGAGUCACAUAACAUAGGAGAAAAGGGUGCAGAUGCAAUAGAACAUGCGGUUGAUGCUACCCAGUCUGCUGCUGAUGAGGCAAUCCAGAAAAUGAAAGCAGCCGGAGGUAAGGUGGCGGACUCAGCACAAGACAUGGUCGGAAAGGCAGAGGACGCGGCACAAGACAUGACCGGCAAAGCAACAGACACAGCAGGAGAAACAUGGGAUUCAGUUAAGGAAAACACCCAAAAAAUGAAAGACACAGUGGAGGAAAAGGCUCAAGAGUCCAUAGAGGGUGUUUAAGAUAAUGUCACCAAAAACUGAAUUUCAACUUACUCUAUUUCAAUAAACUGUGAGACAUUAUCUCUUCCUAAUUGUUGUCUACUCUUAUUUUUCUGAUGUUUCGAAAGAAAAAAGAACGCAGAUCUAAGUUUGCGAGUUUGAUGUAUUUCUGUAGUUGGAAAUAUGACUCCAUAUCUUGUUUGUAGGAUUUAAAUUUGAUGAGUUCGUCGACCUUAAGUGUUUU